AUGUCAGACUCUACCUUCCACACCACAACUCAGGACAUCCGCAAGGCCGAGUCCAAGCUUGCCCAGUCACACGAUGGCAAGCCCCCAGCAAACUCCGACGUCUCUCAAACCAAGUCCAUCAUUGACCAAAACACCAACAAGCCCGCGGAAAUCGAGAAGACCAAGGCCAACCUGCCUCUGCCCGACCAACCCCCGGUUGCCAGUGACUUUAACUCCCUUGACCAGCGUACCACUAAUGUGGGCUCUGGGCGUUUCGAGUACCCUCCUGAUAACAGUGGCUUGCGCGAGGGUGCAGCUGCUAGCAGCAGCGCCCGCAUUGAUGGAAAGGAGCUGCACAAGAGCACUGCCCCAUGA